AUGUUCUCACUCAAGAAACUUCUUUUGCUUAGCGUUGCGUUCAUCGGCGCUACGAGUGCCGCUCCGGUCGACUCUGGCAGCGACUCUCUCGCGGUUCGAGCCUCAACUCCCUCGGCUAUUGUUCCCAAAGCCGUUGACCUCUCAGCACCCGGUGGCCCCGAUGUCGACAAGAGAGACACGUCUCGCACAAGGCUCUUUUGGUCGCCGCAGGGCCGGUUUCUGUUCAUGAUGAACCUCGGCUCCAAGGUCCCACAAGCCCUAAUCGACGCCUUCUCUGGUGUAGGCGAAGCUGGGCCGGGCAAAGUCAUGAUGCAAAACUUUAUCGACUGGGUGAGAGAAGUUGGUCUCGAAUACCGGGGCCUGCCACCAGGAUACACCGGGUCCAUCCGGGAUGUCACUGCAGCCAUCACCAACGCAGCCGUUAAGGGCGGCAUGUACUCCAAGGGCGGCCAGACUGCGUUUGUCGGUUGGGGCAUGCAGCUGGACACGACUGAUAACAACGUCAUCAACAAUGUCGCCAGGCUGAUCAACGACUGGGCCACCCUGACGGGCCCUUUCCCCUCGAUGAACCUGCAGCACAACCCAGUCGCCGUGGCGAUCAGUCAGCGCCCCAACGAUUUCAUCUCCCUGGACCUGAUUAGGGGCGGUGGAACGGCCAAGCGCGAUACCCGCCUGCAGCAGAGACACGAUCCGUACACCUGCCCUGCUGGGUGGCAGAUCUUGAACUACGCUGUGAGCGACGUGAGCGACAAUGUUGACCUCGUGCAUGGCAUUCGCUUUGUUGGUCUUUGUUAG